AUGGAACAAAGGAAACGCAAGGGAGGAAGGGCGCGAGGAUAUUUGGUCGGCUGCGUUGUUGCUGCGUUUUUGUGGACUGUAGCUUCAGCGCAAUUGAGAUAUUCCAUCUCCGAGGAAGUGAACGAAGGAACUGUGGUUGGAAACAUAGCGAGAGAUCUGGGAUUAGAUAAAAGCACUCUGAAAGACAGAAAGUAUCGGAUUGUUUCUAGUGAUGCGGAUCCUCUGUUCCAUGUGAAUCACAACGAUGGUGUCCUGUACGUGAGCCGGAAGAUUGACAGAGAGAAGGUGUGCGCACAGAGCAGUACGUGUGUGAUCAAUGUCAAAACUGUGCUGGAAAACCCACUGGAGGUUCAUUAUGUUAGGGUGGAAGUUCUGGAUAUAAAUGACCAUUCACCCACUUUCCCGAAGAACGACAACACAUUGGACAUUUCUGAGUCUGUGCUGCCAGGAGCCCGAUUUCAGCUACGAGCGUCACGGGAUCGAGACAGUGGUCCAUUCUCCGUGCAGCAAUAUAAACUUAGCCCCAGCGAUCAUUUCCGAUUGGAAGUGAAAGAUAAAGGAGAAGAUGGCAAAAUACCUAUAUUAGUUGUACAAAAAUCUUUAGACAGAGAAACUGCAGGAAGCCACUCACUAACACUGACGGCCCUGGAUGGAGGUAAACCUCCGAAAUCCGGUGACAUGAACAUUCUUGUUAGAGUUUUAGACAUUAAUGACAACGCACCUGUUUUCUCUAAAGAUGAUUAUUCUGUGGCGCUGAGUGAAAAUGCUCCAGUUGGCACAACAGUCACACAAGUGAAUGCCACUGAUUUAGAUGAAGGUCCAAACGGAGAGGUAAUUUAUUCAUUCAGCGAGACCAUGAAUCAAAAUAUAUUAAACCUUUUCGACAUUAAUCCAUUAACAGGUGAAAUAACUGUCAAAGGUUUAAUAAACUAUGAGGAGAAGGACAGAUACGAAAUAGAAAUUCAGGCAUCAGAUAAAGGUCUGGCUCCUCUUACAACUGAAAAAAGUGUUAUUGUCAAGAUUGUUGACGUAAAUGACAAUGCACCUGAGAUUGAGGUUACCUCAUUUUCCAGCUCCAUCCCUGAAGAUUCCAGACCUGGAACUACUGUUGCUCUUAUCAGUGUAAAUGACUUGGACUCUGGUCUGAAUGGAAAAGUUAUUUGCGCCAUAGGUGAGGAUGUUCCCUUUACUUUAUCCCCCACACCUGAAGAAAAUAUAUACACUGAAGUUACUUGCAGUCCUUUAGACAGAGAAACGGCAGGAAGUCACUCACUAACACUGACGGCCCUGGAUGGAGGUAAACCUCCGAAAUCUGGGAACAUGAAUAUUCUAGUUAAAAUUUUGGAUGUAAACGAUAAUGUACCAGUUUUCUCUAAAGAUGUUUAUUCUGUGACCCUCAAGAAAAGCGUCAUUGUCAAGAUAGUGGAUGUAAAUGAUAAUGCACCUGAGAUUGAGGUUACCUCAUUUUCCAGUUCCAUCCCUGAAGAUUCCAGACCUGGAACUACUGUUGCUCUUAUUAGUGUCAAUGAUUUAGACUCAGCAUCGAAGCACUUGUAG